AGCGUGGCUGUGAGCGGGGGCAGGGGGAGGAGCUUGGACCACUCUGACCAAUGGUGGGGAGCAGGGGGCGGGGGCUCAGUGCAGGCGGGUUCGGGUGUCUCCCGGCUCCUGCCCUCGCUGCUGCUGCCGCCGCCACCACCGCUUCCUUGCCAUGGGUAACGUCCUGGCUGCCAGCUCCCCGGCACCCCCUCCUGCGGUGCCGGGCUCUGGCUUGGUGUCGGUGCCGCCUGGCUUUGCCAUGCCCCCCGUCAGUGGGCUGGUCCCCCCGCCCCAGGAUCGCGCUGCAGAAGAGAAAUGUGACCAGCUUCCAAACCCGGGCACGUUUGAGGAGUGUCAUCGGAAAUGCAAAGAAUUAUUCCCUAUCCAGAUGGAGGGGGUGAAGCUGACUGUGAAUAAAGGUCUCAGCAAUCACUUCCAGGUCAAUCACACGGUAGCGCUCAGUACGGUCGGUGACUCCAAUUACCACUUCGGGGUGACCUACGUUGGGACAAAGCAGCUGAGCCCCACGGAGGCCUUCCCGGUGCUUGUAGGCGACAUGGACAAUACCGGCAGCCUGAAUGCGCAGAUCAUCCACCAGAUCACAAGCAAAGUUCGCUCCAAGGUGGCCUUUCAGACGCAGCAGUCCAAAUUUGUGAACUGGCAAGUGGACGGCGAAUACCGGGGCGUGGACUUCACUGCCGCAGUCACGCUAGGGAACCCCGACGUUUUGGCGGGCUCAGGGAUCCUGGUGGCGCAUUAUCUUCAGAGCAUCACGCCGUGCCUGGCGCUGGGCGGGGAGCUGGUUUACCACCGCCGUCCAGGAGAGGAGGGAACCGUCAUGUCCUUGGCAGGGAAAUACACAGCACCUAACUGGAUCGGGACCCUGACAAUAGGCCAGGCAGGAGCACACGCGACAUACUACCAUAAAGCCAGCGAUCAGCUGCAGGUGGGAGUAGAAUUCGAAGCCAGCACUCGCAUGCAGGACACGAGCGUGACGUUUGGCUACCAGCUGGACCUGCCGAAAGCCAACCUGCUCUUCAGAGGCUCCGUUGACAGCAACUGGAUUGUGGGGGCAACGCUAGAGAAGAAGCUCCUCCCCCUGCCCCUCACACUGGCUAUGGGGGCAUUCCUCAACCACCGAAAAAACAAAUUCCAGUGUGGUUUUGGCCUGACCAUCGGCUAAGCCCGCCGGCCCUCCUCCCUUCGCACCCGCUGUCUCUCUCCCCGCCAAUUCAGCACACCUCACUUUCCGCCCACAUCCCAGUUUGGCCGGCAGCGGCCCCCCUCGGGGUGUGGGCAGGUGCGGGCGGCGGAAGGGAA